AUGAAGUUCACCAUCACCAACACCAUCAGUCUCUUGGCCGCUGCCUCCACCACCCUGGCAGCACCCCUCGAGGCUCGCCACGACCCCGCCAAGCCUUUCACUCUCGAUAUCUCCUUCAGCAACAGCCCUCUCAGUGGCCCCAUCCAAGCCUCUGGUGGCUCUUUCUGGAUCGGCAAGAAUGCAACAACCUCCUGCCCCUCAUCCGUAAACCCCAACUGCCCAGCCGGCAACACCACAUCCUUCACCUCCUCAGGAAACGGCCUUCUCCACCUCAACACCGAAGUGCCCGGCGGCCAACAAGUCUACAUCCGCCCCGACGGUCUGCUCACCUACACCCAAGCCCACUCAGCCUCCACACCUUCCGGCUCCACCUUCUCAGGCUUUGAGAUCUCGUCUACGAACCAACUUGCCAAGUUCUACAACUUUUGGUUGUGCAGUGAGGAUGCCACUGACAAGGCUUACCGUAUCUGGCUGCAGUACCGUAGCGACAAGGGCGUUAUUACUCAAAACGGAAAGACUGGAAGCAAUGCGUGUACGCAAGUUAAUCUUNUGGCAAGUGACGUGAAGAAGGAGGGGCCUGCUGCUUGGCAGUACAACUAG